AUGUAUCAGCCAGUCCAGAACGAUGCGGUGGACGAGCAGCUAGCUGAAGUGCUGAAUAGGCGCGACCAUUGCAAGAUUCUCUUCAGUCGAAUAGCCCCACGGCGCUAUCUGUAUGGAAGGUACUUCACUAUUGCGUUUGAGAUUGAUUUUGAUGUUUUGUUGUACAACUACUGAUUUAUCAGUUUCUCACUGCGGCUUCGGAUCGAGGUGGACGUUAAUUCACACUAUUGUCAUUUCGUUUGCAGGCUGGAAGUAGAGCUCUCGCUACCGCAGUCCCGAUUCGCACAGGGCCCGCGGGCGUCGGCGCUAGAAUUGAUUGUAGCUGUGCUUGGUGAAGGAGGUGCGCAGCGGGACGUGUACUCGAUAGGCGAAUUCAUACGGCGAUAUGAGGAUGUGGAAUUUGACGCCUGCGAACAGCAGCAAGACUCUGAGGCGUCCUCUUCACCCGAGAAAGGGGAUCAGCAUCUCGUGAAUAAUGCUGGGGCAGAACCUUCGAACGCUGCAGUUUCUCGCACGGGGCCAAUUGGAGGUAUGAAUAUACCUGCAUCCUCUAGCAUAGCGCGUCCGAACUUUCCGGUGCCACCUGGCAGUCUUCUCUUGCGGAAUAGCAGUAGUAGACCGGGUCUCCUUGGAGGUUCCACGAGCGGAUUGCCGCAGCCGGGCAGAAUCGCAUCUGGUAUCUCCCUGAAGCAAGCGUCAUUACCAGCCUCAUCAGGGGGUGGAGCUGGUGGGCUAGCGACUCAAAGUUCAACGGGUCAAGCAAGCAAGUCGCGACUGCCGAAAAACCACCUGCUCUACAGCUUGCAAUCACCGUCUGAGUGCGUUGCGUCGCCGUCGGAGCAAGAGCCAACUAUCCGACGCACAACGUUGCCCGCUGGCGGCAGCCGACCCAGUUGCGGUGUGGGCUCGCAUGCGGGGUCCAAAGCGUCCAGCAUUGGAAGCAUACAGUCCGGAGGCUCGUCGUCGUCCGUUAAUACAAUGUGGCAGCAGUCAAAGACGAUAUUUGCGACUGGAACGUCCAAUGGGGCCGCGAGUGUUGGACAGCUUUCACAUCCUUUAGGUGCUGACCCUGAGAACAAGAACAGUAAUAAUUUCGAUGCUUUUCCCACUAUUAGGGAUGGAGUCCUCCCGUCUUCGACUGGUGAUAUUUUUGCGCGAGAACGUAGUCGAACGACUUCCUUUCUUCCUACUGCUUCACGUAGUGCGCUUUCUUCACCAGUUUUUCAUCUGUCUCCGGACCCACCUCGAAACAACGAGCCAGCGAUUCCUGCGAACAUGAAGUUGCGCUUACCACCACGCUUACAGACACCGAUGCUGACCGGCGUAGCGCAGCUUCGGAAUUUGAGUCGCCCACCACCCCCAGUACUGGCAGGGGCCGCUUCGCCUGAUCCGACACGCAUGCUGUCCUCACCGACAAGUGGCGCUGGAGGUAGUAUUUCACCGUCGAUGGGGUUGAUAAGCGCUCCGAGGAGAAUAGAAAGUCCUUUCCAGUCGAAUCCCGCUCGUAGAGCGCCUUCGGCGACUAGGGUGGCUCUCUAGCUGCAGCAGACUUGUCAGAAGCUGUAAAUACUUUGAAGUUGCAACUGAUUGAUAUCAAUUUUCUUUUCAUCAUUAUCGAUUACGCCGAACUACAAUGAAUACUUUUGAACAAUGAAAUACUUCGUUCCUUUUGAACAACUGUCCCUGACAGAUGUCACAUACUUAACAGACUUAUUUGGUGAUGCUCAAUUCUUCCGCGUACUGGGAGAGUUACAAUAAUUCAAGUUGAUAUGUCUGCAGCUUUACGACAUACGAGGUGGGAGAGGGUUAAUUUUUGCACAGAGUGACACGCAACGACAUUAAUGACUACGACGCUUCCUUACGAUAAAUAGCGAUGCUCUUCCAAUUAUUCUAAGAUAUGACUCGAAACUUCUGAUGUGCAACACCUGUCUUCGGGUUUUGGGCUUUCAUAAGCAGUUGAGUAAAA